AAUCCUGAUAUGAGGGAGAGUUAAGUGUUGCGUUAUACCCUCUUAAGCAUUAACCAAUGUGAGUUGAGUGGUCCUUUCGAGUGAAUCGUGAGAUCGCUAUCUUCAGUUGCUGGUCGAAUACACUCUGGCUAACCCUACACUUUGUACUAGUUUUAACUCUAUUGGAUGGCACUGAACGCAGAGAAUUUGUCGCAUAAUAUGGGUGUCAAAAAUCUGUACGAAUCUGAUUUGGAUGAUGAAAACUAUUCUUCCGUGGAGAAUUACGGUAUUAGAGAGCUAAGACGCAAGCUACACACUGAAGCAGAACAGCGUCGGAGAAAUGCUAUUAAGCGAGGCUUCGAGAGUCUUCUAGAGCUAGUUCACCCAAUAAAAAAUGAUCCGGCUCCUUCUGUUCGUAUGAGUAAAUCCAGCAUUUUACACAAAGCGGUAUCAAUGAUUGAAAGGCUUGGAAGACAAAAGCACCAGAAGCUUUCGGAAGUUGAGAGCUUGGAAAGGGAAGUGAAAGCUCUUCGAAUAUUGUGUUUGAAUUAUGAGAAGAUGGUUCAGAAUAGUCCAAAUAGUGAUUGUAGAUCUGUCGAGCCUGUUUCAGAUGAAAUGAAACUGGAAGUGUUUCAGAUGUUCUCUGGUGCCUUGUUCAACUCAUUUGAAGAUCAUAUUGUGUUCAAUUCAUUUUCAGAUCUUUCAGCAUCAGUAAUCAACUGGAUUGAAGAAAGCUGUAAACCUGAAGAAAUGGCAUUUUUAAUGGAUUCCGUUCUGGCCAGUAUUUUUAACUGGAGUUUUGAAGCAUCCGUAAUUGGCAGUCGAACACUUCAGUUUAGCUCUCUAUCAAGUCAAACCGAGCGUAAUAAUGAUAUUCAAAGCUGUUGUGAUUCAGCAGGAUCUAAGCAUCCCUUAGUUCGUAGUUCUCCGGUUUACUCCUACUCACCUAGUGAUUUGCAGAUAUCUGCAAAUCAUAGUUCUUGUAAUCCUACUGUUGACCCAGAAAAGCUUGUUCCUCAACUCAGUCAAACAUUUUCUGUUCAAUCUCCAGGUAAUUCCAUUUCUGCCCAAAUAACUGUGCUUCAAUGUCCAUCGGAAUCUCAAAGCCUUACUGAUUUAAAUUUCCAGCAAACUGGAUCAUCAGAUCUUUGUGAAGGUAAUGGAUUUUACAACUUUGGCUCAUUUAUACCUAAAAACAUUAAUCCCAUGGUUGAUCAUUCAUCUUUACCUACUGAUACAAUCAUGAAAGACCCUGUAUCACCUCAUCUUAUAAAUUCCUCAUGUACUGUUAUGAUAAACGAAAUAAACUUGACUCAAGAAUUACCACUUCAUAAUUCCAGUCAUAUUCAACAGUAUAAACAAUUUAUCGAUGACUUACUGUGAUUUGUAAUAUUUUAUUUUCUUGCUGAUGAAUAAUUUUUCUCAAUCUGUCCUCACUUUGUGAUACAGUUGUCUAUGUUAUCGUUUUCAAAUGCAAUCUAAAUUAUUGACUUGUUAAGCUAUUUUAUUUUUGUCCUUAUUUUGUUUCACUUACUCUCUACCCAUUAUCUUUCAGAUUAAUUUUUACACUAGUUAAACAAACACGAAAGAGAAAGGAAAUCAUUUCGGUGAAAACUAGAGUAUAAAGUUAUUAUCCCUUUUGUAGAGGAUGGGUAAAUUAGAGGUUACAAAUAACGGCGGUGGUGAAUUUUUUUUUUCUUUUCAGUGAUUUUUAUUCGAUUACAAAGUUAUACAGCAGUUAUUUACUUAUCCAAUACAAAAUUUAUAAAGCUUGCACACUGUUCAUUUGAUUUUAUUAUCCUUCAGUUUUGAUUUCUUUUAAAGAAUCUUUAGAUAUCAAUCUGGGAGUUGUAUUUGGCAGUUUCACAAAAUGGUUUCGUUAGCCUGUUAUAUUUUAAUAUUUAUAUAGGUAAAAUCUGCUGAAUAGGAAUCUAUUUAUUUUUAUCCGUUCGUUGGCAUAUUGAUUAGUCAUCAGUCUUUGUAUUUGGGCUUAGAAAGGAGUUCAUUCUUAAAAUAUCCGUAACUUUUAUUUUACCAACUUAUUGCUAUCUGUUUCUUGUAUAAGAAAUAUCGAAGAUCCUAUUCCCAUUAUGACUCACCAACGCUCAUUUUAUACAGUUUUGUCAGAUAUAUUUAUUCUUAUAAUCCUCAUCAUUGUUUCUGUAGGAACUAUAGAUUGCUCGUGGCUGACUUUGCAGCAUAAUGGUAAUCCUUUUUCAAGUUUGUUGAGCGUUGAAUCAAGCAUAAAGUUACAGAUUCAAGUUCAUCACAGUCAUUUCAGUGAAUGUGUGAAUAGCAAUGCCAACUUUAAGAUGAAGUGUAUCUGUAGUAACGCAGCACGCAAAAUUCUAUGUUGUUAACGUGUUUUGUUGCAUUAACUGUGUAACAUAUAUCAUAGCAUAUUGGUAUGACUGAAGUGUUAUCUUUUCGCAACUGCUCUCUUACAGAAGCCUAGAAUUUUGAUUUGCAUCAGCUUAACUGCUUAUUUGAACCAAUUUUUUCCGUUGUUAGCAAAUAUUGAAGAAGCAAGAAGACACA